AUGUCUGGACCCGGGAGCGACGCUACUGGUAUCAUGAACGAGAGAUCCAGUCAGAACCAGGCGAGCGAGACGACGGCUCACCGGCAAGACGAAGACGAGAGCAUGGUCAGCGCACCCUCAUUUCGGGGCCAGCCCUUCACCCUCGCCAUACGACUCGCACACACUUGGAACGCGACGGAGACGUGGAGCGCGCGGAUUAUGACCCAGGUUUCCAAGACGAACCGCACACCAUCAACUCGCGAGAGACUCUGGGAGCCCAAUGACACACCCGACGGGGCUGCCGAUGGCACAAUCAACGGCGAACCAGUCCAUAAGGAACGACUCGUCGUGGUCACUUUCGAGGGCGACUGUGACCACAUGGACCCGCAUAAUUGGCCUGUCCCCCGUCGGCUGGCAUGUACAGCGGUAGUGUCACUGACUGCAGCCACGAUGCUAUGGGCAACUACAAUUGAUGCUAUUGUUUUCACCCCUGAGACCCGAAAACUUUACGGCACUGAUAACUUUGCGAUUGAGACGGUUCCGACAGCCCUUUAUCUAGUCGGCCUCGGGAUUGGCGGGCUGUUCAUAGCCCCUAUCUCCGAAGUCGUUGGACGCAAUCCCGUGUUUAUUCCUUCAUUAUUACUCUUCAUAUUGUUUGAAAUGGGGGCAGGGCUGGCUAGAUCCCCAGCACAGCGAAUGGUCACCAAAGGUCUCGCUGGAUUUUUCGGGUCUGCUCCCCUGGUGUGCACCGCGGGAUCUAUCGUUGAUCUUUGGUCACGGAUCGAGCGAGUCUAUAUCUUUCCCCUAUACGCCAUUUUGUCCUUUAUAGGACCUCUGGUAGGCCCCGUGCCCGGUUCAUUCGUCGCCGUAGCCCAUGCAGUGAGCUGGCGCUUUGUAGACUGGAUGACUAUUAUCUUGGCGGGGAUUACACUAGGUUUGAUUGCGCUAUGUAUGCCGGAGACAUACAGUCCCAUCUUGUUGCAUUGGAAAGCAAAGCAGCUCCGCCGCCUCACAGGAGACCAUCGAUAUCGAGCGCCGCUAGAGUUUAAGAGGGUCUCGUUUUUGCGCCGCCUUGCCCACGCAAUAUAUCGGCCGUUCCUCUUACUCGCGAUAGAGCCGAUCAUCAUGAUUUUUGGGGUAUACCUCUCGGCCAUAUUCAUCAUCCUCUACACCUUCAUCGCGGGCUAUAUGGCUAUAUACGAGAAAGUACAUAAAUUCACGCCUACGCAAACAAGUCUUGCCUUCCUCGGUAUCCUGGUAGGGGUAUUUCUCGCCGCCCUAUCUGUCCCGCUAGCUAUGAAGCUGGUACGCAAAGACAUCCGCCGAGGCUGGUCCCAAGGCCGUGACUGCUCGGGUCCAGAGAUCAGCCUUUAUAUGUCCAUUUUCGGGGCCCCCGCUAUCCCAAUCGCACUGUUCUGGAUGGGCUGGAUGGUCCGUCCUUCUAUCUCAGUCUGGUUUCCGAUCGGCUCGUCCGUGCUGUUAGGCUAUGGAGUGCUGUGCGUCUUUGUCUCCUCGUACCAAUACGUCGCUGAAGCAUUCGGGUACCAUGCUGCUAGUGCCCUGGCUGCCGUCCAAAUGUUGCGCCUUGUCACUUCUGGCGUGAUGGUCUAUGUCUCCGAGCCAAUGUAUCGCAAGCUGGGCAUUGCCUGGACCCUGACCUUGCUAGGUGCGAUUGCCACAGUGUUUCUUCCUGUACCAUACAUACUGUACCGGUGGGGGCCAAUGGUGCGGCGUUGGAGUCGGCAUGCACAGAGUGAGGAAUAG